UUAACUGCAUGCACUGGCACAGUUGAUGCAGAGCACUAUCUCAAGGCGGAAAGAAGUGUAGGCAGCACUGUGCAGGUGGCAGAAAAGCGUACGGAGGAGGAGAAAACCUGGCUAUGGCAACAGUCAAUGUUUUCGCCAUUUGAAGCUUAAUGACAAAAUAAAGCUUAAACAAACAAACAAUAGAGACUGUAAACUGCUGAAUUAUUUGAGAACAAUGGAGAAAAACGAGGAAGGUAGUUUGAAGAAGAGAAUGACUGGGCGCAGCUAUAAACAAUGGCUAAAACAACGAGCACAACAAAGAUCGAAACCCUCUGAAGAUGCUGCUAAAAAGGAGGAUCAAUCGACUCAAGAGCAAGAACACAAGGUGGAAGAAGUAAAUGCACACAGGGUGGAUGAUCGAAGAGAGAAACAAAUUUGUUCAUCAAAGGAGAAUGACAAAAAGGUCACUGAGCCUUUUAAAGCAGAGCUUAAAGUUGACAGGACUCAUGAUGCGAAUUGUGUGGGCUCCAAACAGGAUGAUAAGAGUGGAGGUGAAUCUAAGGACUGUUCAAUAUGCAAGCAGAAAGGAAAUCUAUUAUGCUGUACUGGAAGAGGAUGUAAAAGGAACUUCCAUCUUACUUGUCUUGUCCCCUCUGUGACCUAUUUUCCACCUGGACCAUGGCACUGUUAUUGGUGUAUCAGAAAAAAGAUGAAAUUAGGUGUUCAUGCUAUAUCUGAAGGAAUAGAGUCCCUUUUGGAUGCCAGACAGCUUAGUUUGGGUGAUGAAGUGGUGCAAAAGCGGGAGUAUUUAGUGAAGUACAAAGGUCUUGCUCAUGUUCAUAAUCGCUGGAUUACAGAGGAGCAGGUGCGUCUUGAGGCUCCAAUAGCCCUUACGAGAUUCAAGAAAAAUCACAAGAGUGUAAGUUGGAAAACUGAGUGGAGUCUUCCUCAUCGUUUGCUAGACAAGAGGAAGUUAGCAGUUCUGGAUGAUGAUGCAGAUUGCCAUUAUGAGUGGCUUGUGAAAUGGACAGAUCUUGACUACAGUCAUGCCACAUGGGAAUUGGCGAAUGCUUCAUUUCUAAUGUCGCAUGAGGCAGUCAAACUCAUGACAGAUUAUGAAAUCCGUCAUCAGCUGGCUAAGAAAGAAUCACAUCCUUUGACGGAAGAUGAGAAAAGGAAAGCCAACUUUCCAGAACUACCGACGCCUUUAUUUGGAAGUGCACCUCAAGUCUAUAGCAAUCAUCUUUCUUUUAUCAACGGUCUUCGUAAAUAUUGGCAAAAGGGUCAGAGUGCUGUCAUCAUUGAUGACCAGGAACGGAUUUUGAAGGUGGUCUUAUUUCUAUUGUCCUUGCCCAAGGAUGUCGGUCUUCCUUUUCUCAUAAUCACAACUUCUGCUGCUCUUCUUCUGUGGGAAGCUGAGUUCUCACGUUGGGGUUAUGCUAACAUUGUUGUGUACAAAGGUAAUAGAGAUAUACGGGCCAUUAUUAGGACACUCGAGUUUUACAACAAACAAGGUGCCCUUAUGUUUCAGGUUCUCCUGUCAUGUUAUGAUGUUAUUGUUGAGGAUCUUGAAAUGCUUAGACCAAUAGGUUGGGGAGCAGUAAUUAUAGAUCAGUGUCAGGGUUCUUCCAUGUCAAUGCAUCACUCACAACUUAAAGUGCUCAUUGCUGAUAUGAGAUUACUUAUUUUUCGUCAACUAGAGGAUAGAUGUGAUAGAAGGUUCAAUCGUUGCAACAUUCUCUCUUUUCUUGAUCCGAAACAUGACAAGGCCAACAAUAAGCUGUUAGACACUGAUUCUGACAUAGAUCUAACUGAAUUCAAGGAAAGGCUUAAACACUUUGUUGCAUAUGAGUGCAAGUCCUCCACUUCCAAGUUCAUUGAAUACUGGGUUCCUGUCAAACUCUCCAAUGAACAAAUUGAGCAAUAUUGCGCUUGCCUCUUUUCAAAUUCAGCAUGGCUUUGCUCAUGUCUGAAGAAUGACUCACCAAGCUCCCUCUGCGAUAUUCUAGUAUCUACCAGGAAGUGUUGUGAUCACCCUUACCUCGAAGAUCGAUCUCUGCAAGACGUAGUUAUGGAUGGCAUUCCUGUAGAUCAGCACUUUGAUGCUGAAAUUAAACUAAGUGGCAAAUUGGAACUCCUCAAUAAAAUUCUUCAGGAGAUCAAACAGCAAGGACAAAGAGUCCUCGUUCUUUUCCGGUCUCUUGGUGGCUCUGGUGUUAUUUCCAUUGGGGAUAUCUUGGAUGAUUUUAUUUAUCGGAAGUUUGGUGGGGAUUCUUAUACGAGCAUUAGUGGGAAUGUUACUCGUAAAAUGAAGGAAGCUACCUUGAACAAGUUCAACAAUAAGGGAAGUGGGAAAUUUGCUGUUUUGAUGGAAACUCGUGCUUGUGUUCCCAGUGUCAAGCUUUCGGGAAUAGAUAUAAUUAUUUUGUUUAACAGUGACUGGGACCCAAAUAAUGAUUUAAGAUCCCUGCAGAAGAUUACAGUUUAUUCACAGUCGGAGCAUAUAAAGGUAUUACGUCUAUAUUCAUGUUUUACUGUUGAAGAGAAAGCACUAAUUCUUGCAAAGCAAGGUCUGACAAUUGACAGUAAUAUAGAGAAUAUGAAACAAGCCGCUUGCCAUGUGCUGCUAACUUGGGGUGCCUCUUAUCUUUUCAAUAUGCUUGAUUGUUUCCAUGUACAAUCUUCAAUCUCAAAGAGAUCAUCUGAAGUUGCUGCUUUAGAUGAUGUCGUUGCUGAAUGCUUAGGCUUACUGUCUAGUAACUGUGAGAACAGUGUUUAUAACAGCUGUUCAAAGAUAUUGAAAGUACAGCAGAAUGGUGGGACUUAUCCAAGUAAAACAUCUCUACUUGGUGAACUGGAAAUGCAACAGAUGGAUGAUUCUUCUUUUGUGAGAGGAUUGCUGGAGAAUGAAUCUCCCCACGUUUUCUGGACAAAUCUGCUGCAUGGAAGGGUUCCUAGGUGGAAACACUCGCCUAGUCCAUCACGAGGGAAUAGAAGGAAAGUUAGACUCCAGGGUGAUUUGAAUCAGCCAUCUAAAGGGGAACAAGUUUCUGAAAAAGAGGGCAAUAAAGUUCAUCUUACUCCAGAGCCCAAGUUAAGGAAGAAAAGGAAAUUGCAUGUCCAGCGUAAACUUGGAACAUCUCAUCUUUCUGCUGGUGAUAAGAAUAAAUGCAGGCGUCUUGCAACUAAUCGUAGUCCUCAGUGUGAUAAACCAACUAAAGACAAUCAUCAGAGCCAUGAGAUUUGUAUUAAUUCUUCCAGUCACCAGAUUUUAGAUUCCAUGAAUUGGUCAAUAGACUCUUCUAUUCAGCGGUCUAUAGGAAAUUUGCCACUGCAACAACAUGCGAGUAUUGGUGCAGUGAAUGGUACAAGUAUGAAAAGCAGAAACAGCCACGAAGAUCAAUGCCGUCCCGAUGCCUCUCCAAACACACCUAACCUGCCUCAAUCCCCUUACCUACACCCACUUCAUAUGGAGAUGGAGAGGAUACAAAAGGAGAGAGAACAAAUUACGAAAUUGCAUGAAGAUGUGAAAUUGCUCCUGCAAUCUGAAUUUGAAAAAGAGCUAGAUUCAAUUAUGAAGAAGUAUGAUUUGCUGCUUCAGAUUGCUGAAAUGGAAUUAUCUCAAAAGCAAGAAGAUCUUGAUACGAUCUUCAACAAAGUGCAUGUGCAUAAGUUACUAGCCGAAGCCAUGACACAAGUACAAGAUACUGCUGAUUCAGUUGGGCCACUGGAGAUGACUGUAGAUGUUGAUGGGAGGACUAUUAACGGAUCUGGAGAAUCAUUACCAAACAGACCAAGUAGUGUCCCAGCAGUUACUGCAUCCAUCUCAGAACCUGUCAACUCCGAGCAACGAGCUGCUGAUCCUCAAAUAUACUCUGAGAAUUUUCCAAUGGCUGCCAUUCCAUCUCUGAAUGCUGAAUUGCCUAGAGUUGAAGAGUUAGCUGUAGUUCGACGGACAAGUGCAAGGGCCACCUUGCAAACAACAUCCUCUGCUGAUCUGCCAACAAGUGGUUCACGUCCGACCCCAACGCCAAACUAUCAGUCCGUCAUCCUUACACCAAGUCAACUCUCGAUCCAAACUUCGAGGUAUGCAGCGAGGCCUGGAGCAGGCUGUGAACAACGGAGACCAGCUCCACAUCUGCUACAUUUUAGACCGCUGCCAACAAUGAAUUCUUUGAAUUCCAGCCUGUUGUAGCGCUUACACCACACUUUUAGUCACCUGGUGGAAAUACCAACAACAUAGUCCACAAUGAAGGUGAUGAAACUUCUCAUUCGAUGACCAAACAGGAUCGGUUUUCCAAUGAAUGGUGCACUGCCAGCAGGAAUUUGCUUCAAUAUCCAGGGCAUCAUAUAUUAGGUGUGGCUCGGGUUGAUAGCGGACUUUCUCAUCUUUGGUGUGAUCUUCAUUUGGUGUCUCUCUCUGUCCCCGCUGACACUGUCUAAGAUCUCUAUAGUGGUGAAUUACAAUACCAGUCUUAGCUUGGCACAGUAAGCUAAAUUUGGUCACUUUGCUCUAUGUGAAGUGCUAGUAUUAGGGGUUUUUGCUGGUCUCUAAAAUGGUGAGUUACAGAUCAGGCUUAUCAAAUUUCUAGGAAUUCUAGGCACAGAAUAUAGUACUAGUAUACAAGUAAUGAUUCCUUUCACCCAUUUAUUUUGAAAAUUUUGGCUUCAUACCUAUUGAAUAUUUGAUCUAACAGGAAUGAAAUUGCCUAUUAUUUUUUUACA